UCGGGGAUUACGGUUUCUUAGCCUUCCGUGAGAACGUGUCUCUGUCCAAGGGUGAGCCUCAAAGCGGGAGCCCUGACUCAGCCUCUCAUCUGACGACUGUCAGCUGCCGCUGCCGCCAGCCCGUCCCCUGCCCAGGCCUGUCUCUGUGCCAUCUCUCAGCAGGGGCAGCAGAAUGAAAGAAGUCAUGUCCAGUAACAGCACUGCCAGCAUCUCCCAAGCCAGGAAGGCUGUGGAGCAGCUAAAGAUGGAGGCCUGCAUGGACAGAGUGAAGGUCUCCCAGGCAGCAGCGGACCUCCUGGCGUACUGUGAAGCUCACGUGCGGGAGGACCCUCUCAUCAUUCCAGUGCCUGCGUCAGAAAACCCCUUCCGAGAGAAGAAGUUCUUUUGUACCAUCCUCUGACUCCGUUUGCUAUGAAAACGUCUCCUUUCCUGUCCGUAAAAUCCCUUGUAGAGACCGCGCAUGCUCAUAGCUUUAGGGAGCUCUGCCCACACCCACCCCCGCCCAACCAGGGUCGCCCAGGCCUGUCUCCUCUUUUCAUUGGUUUUCUUCAUUGCAUUCUAUUUCACUUUUUCUUUUCAUUUUCAUGUUAUUUUCAUUAUUAGAAAAGGAAAUAGGCAUUUUUGUAGCCAAAUAACAAAUGUGCCAAGUAAAAAUAAGUAUGGGUUUAAGGACUUAAAUUUUUUUAACAUCAAUUCCCAAGUUUACAUAGGUCAAGUGUAUACAUUUCAGUGGAUAAUUUAUUGAGAAGUGGAUAAUUUAUUGAGAAAACAAUCCCCCAUUCGUGAUCAUUCAGUGUCAAAUUAGAUCAUUUUGACCAACUGAAGUAUAUGGGUAAAGUUUCCAUCUCUCUUCCUGGAGAAAGCCGUUCUGGAAGUUCUCUAUUUCCUGCUUUUCUGUCAUCCUAUUUAAAGAAGAAAUAACCCACAUCAUCGGAUGGUUUUCUAAACGUGGGUCAUCCUGGGGCCUUGUGGCCCAGCCCCUGAGGGAGGGUCCAGACCCCUGUUUCCCACUGAUUGUCAUUGAUCCCUUUGGAGGUGGUCCUUCUACGAAUGUAGGUGUUGGGUGGAUAUUGGAGUGAGCUUAACUGUAAAUGUCACACCAUUACCUCUGUUUAUGUGCGCCAGCCCGGCGGGCCAGGGGCACAUGUCUUCUCUCCAAAUGCCACCUCAUCCUGCUCCCUCCUAUUCUGGCUCCUGCUCUGCAUGGGCUGCAUUAAUAAGGGCCUGUUCUGGGGAAUUCCCUGGCAGUCCAGAGGUUAGGACUCUGUGUUUCCACUGCAGGGGUCCUGGGUUCGAUCCCUGGUUAGGGAACUAAGAUCCCACAAGUUGUGUGGCGUGGCCAAAAAAUAACAAUAAUAAUAAUAACAAAAAUAAGGGCCUGUUCUGGGUACAGCACUGGGUCCUGUGGGGUUUCACCAGGGUGGCCCCUGCCGCAGAGGAGUGAGUGAGGGGCAGCAGCUCACCACGUAGCAUCCACUGAUCAGAGCAUUCACACGUAUCCACUUAUUUAAUCCUCCAACAAUAAAUAAAUGCCGUGAGAGUAUGUCUGUUCUAAAGAGAGGGAAACUGAGGCACAAAAAGACCAUGUAGUUUCCCCAAGGUUAUAGAUGGUGAGCCGGAAGACUGGGACCUGAGCCCCUGAGCUCCACUGCCUUCCAGGCCUACCUGUUUGUAGGCAGGUAGGUAGACCUGCAGACAACCUGAGCCACAUGCCACAAAGCACCGUUGCUGGGGUCCGCUUAGCAGCACACUUCUCUUCCCAUCUUCGCCAGGAGCAGGCGUGUUGGGCCCAUAUUCUGGCAGCUUAUGGAAGAUGAAACGUGGCUGCUGCCAUGGAAUGCUAGGCGGCUCUCGAUUUUUCUUAGACAGACUUGCAAGCCCCACCUCAAACAAACUCCUACCACCCCGGAUGAAGGAAGGGAAUAAACCACAGGGGCAGAGAGCACUCUGUCCAAGUAUGUCCUGUUCCAUUUGUUUGGAAACUGUCUCCCUUCCUGGCUCUGGCAGUGGCUUCACUGUAGGGCAAGCCAUUGUGUGCCUGGAACCUGCAAACUGGGGAUAAUGGUAGUUAUUCUUCCUGCCUUUCUGUCUAGGACAGAGGGAGGUGCUACAUAGAUGAAAGCUCUGAUUAUCAUUUAAAACAAAUGUGCUAAAUGCCAGGCUAUAGUAUAGGGAAGAAUGCAUGACUUCAAAGAUCCAUGGUUCAGUUGGAGGGAUCAUGUAAAACCGCCUACAGAGAGGCAAAUGUCAUUUUCAGAUCAAUUAAUGACUUGCUACCCUCAUAAAUGGUUUUAGUACAUUUUUAUUCUUUGCUUCUUCUGUUGAAACCCAUUCUUUGUUUCAUGAAAGCUCCCUGAUAAUAACACUGUUGUUAGGAAGCUGUGUGCUCAAACUACAGCAGAAUUGUAUGCUGUCUGUGAUAAUAGGACUUCCAAUCCUCCUCUGUUUUGGUUUAUGACCAGGAUCUCUUUAUUCUGUGGUCCACAUCAACAUCAUGAACCUGAUAAAGCAAAGCACAAUCCAUAAAAGCACAUCAGAGAAGCUGGGAAAGUGGGACAGCAUGGAAACUGGCUAAAUCAGGUCAAGAAAAUAAUGUGCUCCUCCUAGUCUUCACCAGACUUUCUCCCCUUUGUUUUCACUUUCAACAUCCCUCCAUAUUCUGCCUCCACUUUUUCCCUCUUUUUCCUUCUCCUCCUCUCUUCCUUGCACCCCUCCAUGAGAUGCUUUUUGUCCUUUUACUACACCUUUUCCUUCCAAACCUAUGGCGUUUUGUGUGGCUUGCCCCUUUUAACGUAUCCCUGAACUCAUCGCUGCCCUUAAAGGCAAGUUCGUGAACAUGCGCUGUGAGACACGCAAACAUGUGGAUGAGCCCCUCCCCCCCCAGCAAUCGCCGGGAGCUGAUGAAGCUGCCUAUAGCGGGCAGUUGUCAUAUGGUGUUUCUAGCUUGGCUGUCCAGCACCUGACCCCUUUCCUAAAGGGGGAAAUCAUGAAAUCACCCCUAUGUAUAAAUGUAGGGAUGCAGUGCCCCCAGCACAGUGGAUGCUGAAGUGGGGAGGUCUUCUCUGUCUCUCAGGUGCAUCCCCUUUUCCAGCACCAGACCGGCCAGUGACCCAGGGUGAACUCCUUGGACUCCCAUGCUUGGGAUUGUGAGCUUGGUGCAAGUGACACAGAAAUUAAGCGAUGCUGAGAUUCGUUUCAUGGGACCUGUGGUGGUCCAGGGGUGGCAGUGGUCCAGCAGGGGAAGUGUCUAGGAUUGGCAGGCGUGGUGUGUCCACUGGUAGUAAUGUCCAGGGAUGGCGGAGUCCUGAGCAGACCAUUUCUUCUUCGUUUCUUGGCCCCCACCCAUCUUCCCAGGCCUCCUUUCUAGUUUUCUGUCAAUUCUGUGAGCCGCCAAGCUCCAUCCAAUAAAUUCCUCAUUCUUCUGUGAAAUAGCUUGGGUUGAAUGUACAUAUCAUAUGACCUAAAAACUCCACUCCUCUGCCCAACAGAAAUGUGUACGUAUAUUCACCAAAAGAAAUGUACUAGAAUGUUCACAGAAGCACUGUUCAUAAUAACCCUGAACUGGAAAGUACCCAAAUACCCACGUUGAAUGGAUAAACUAGGGUAUAUUUGCACAGUGAAGUCCUACACAGCAAGGAGAAGGGGUGCUCCUGCUGCCACACACACGGCACCAUGUAAGUCUCACGAGAGGCGGCAAGUUCGUACUGUAUGGUUCCAUUUAUAUCAAGUGUGAAACCCAGCAAAGUUCGCCUCUGCUGUUGCAAGUAGGGAUAUGAGUUACUCCUGGGGGGAUGGUAGCCAGAAGGGCACAAGGGAGAUUCUCGGACCUUCUGUUCUUUGAUCGGGUUGCUGGUCACCUGGGCGUAUCUAGGUUGUGAAAAUUCUUUGAGCUGUACCCUUGUGGUUUGUGCCCUUUUCUGUAUGGAUGU